AUGGGGCUGGCAGGAGAUCCCGAUGCGCAAAUUCGCCGGGAAGGUGAUUUUGAUAGAAAACGUGGCGAGUUACUGAGGUACAACGGUUCGGGAUUACACGGGGAUGAACGAGUUGUUGGAACGGAGAACGGUCAGAAUCAUGAGAUUUUGAAUCACUUGCGAUGCGUACGACCUGGUGGGGAUUUCGAACCGAAAGCCACAUUGUUCGGCAAGAUUGACGUGAACGGGGAAAAGGCUCAUCCGAUCUUCAAAUAUCUUCGGGAAGUUCUCCCCGUGCCUCACGAUGAACCGGUGAAAUUCAUGACGAACCCCCAGUACAUCGUCUGGAGUCCGGUGACGAGGAACGACAUCACGUGGAACUUCGAAAAAUUCCUCCUUGCUCCCGAUGGGAAACCGUUUCGCAGGUACAGCAGAUUUUUCCCGACCUCGGAUAUCGCAGGGGAUAUCGAGACACUCAUCGGUUCAGGUAUGAAGGAUGUGAAGAAAUGAGGCUUCGGAGAGGACGAGGCAUGAGGAAACCAUGACGGGAUUCUUCCCAAUGUUCCCGAGAACAAGGAGUAUCCCCGAUGUAGACGAUCAUCUGCCUCCAUCUUCCCGCGACCUCCUCUUCUCAUUCCUGCGUGAAUGUGCAUACAUAUUGAUACGAUUCUGUAUAAAAUAAUGAAUCAAUGAAUGUUUGUCAUGUUUGAGCUGAUAUACUUCCAUUAGGGAAGCAUUUUUGUCUCGUAUCCGUGCUUACUUUAGUAGAGAAAGUACGUGGUAGUGACAGGUGAGUGCAUAUUUAUUAAUUCUUCACAUCCUCACCGACCUCUUUUUUUCCGUAUGUGAAUUGAAGUUAACAUUCUCUCAAGUCUUGCAUUCUGUUCUGUCCUUUCUCGUUUCUUCCUUCUCGGCUGCAGAAGUCAAUAAAACAUCAUUGGUAUGAAAGCAUCGA